AUGUCAUCAUCAAGAAGACAGGUCCGGCGGGCAUGGGUCCUGCUGUGCUGCGUCCUGCUGGCGGCGUGGGAGGUGGCGUCGGGACAGCUGCGCUAUUCAGUGCCCGAGGAGAUGCCCAAGGGAUCCUUCGUGGGCGACUUGGCAAAGGAUCUGGGGCUGCAGAUGACAACGUUCAGUGACAGCGGCGUCCGCAUUUUGGACAAAGGUAGGACGCAGUAUUUCUCUCUGCACGAAAAGACGGGACAUUUGGUGACGGCGGAGAGGAUAGACAGGGAGCAGCUGUGCGAGAGUGAGCAGCAAUGUGUGCUGCGCUGUGAGCUGAUAGUGCACGGAGAAAUGAAAGUUUACGGAGUCGAAGUGGAGAUCAUGGACGUUAACGACAACCCUCCCCAGUUCCAAGAGGCAAAAAAAGAAGUGAGAGUGAGCGAGACGACAGCCCCAGGGUCGCGGUUUCCUCUGGCCAGGGCUCACGACCCGGACGCAGGGCCAAAUUCUCUCCUGAGCUAUGAGCUGAGCGGCGACGAGCACUUCUCGCUGGACGUGCAGGCGGGACCCGGCGGCUAUCGCCGUCCUGAGCUGGUGCUGGCCAAGGCACUGGACCGGGAAGAGACUGCGUUUCACGAGCUGUUGCUGAGGGCGAGGGACGGCGGGGAGCCGUCGCGGACGGGCACGGCGCGGAUCCUCGUGGUUGUGCUGGAUGCAAAUGACAACGCGCCCGUGUUUAGCCCAGCAGAGUACACGGUGCGUGUGCCUGAGGACGUGCCUGUGGGCUCCACCCUCGUCACCGUCACGGCCACCGACAACGACGACGGGGUGUACGGGGACGUGAAAUACUCAUUUCAAACAGUUGCUGUGAAAGCCUCUCAGAUUUUCCAGUUGAACUCUGACACGGGAGAAAUCAAACUGGUGCGAAGCCUGGACUUUGAGGAACGUGACUUCUACGAAUUAGAGGUACAGGCAGAAGACGGUGAGGGCCUUUCUGACACGGCAAAAAUCACCAUCACUGUGACAGAUGUUAACGACAAUGUACCCGAGAUUUCGGUGCAGUCCACUCUGAGCGAGAUCUCUGAGGACGCCCCUUCAGGGACGGUGAUGGCCUUGCUGCACGUGCAGGACCGGGACUCGGGAGCCAACGGCCAGGUGCGAUGCUCCCUGGACGCGGGAGUCCCUUUCCGUCUGGAGAAGUCGUUUGAGGAUUAUUACCGCGUGGUGACGACGAAGGAGUUGGACCGGGAGGAGGUGUCGGAGUACAACGUGACAGUAAGGGCGGCCGACGGCGGGUCGCCGUCUCUGUGGAGCAGCACCGUGCUGAACCUCAGGGUGCUGGACGUGAACGACAACGCGCCGGUGUUCAGCGAGGCGAGCUACAGCGCCCGGCUGCCCGAGAACAACGCGGCGGGCGCGCUGGUGCUGACGGUGCGGGCGCGGGACGCGGACUGGGGUCAGAACGCGCGCGUGCGGUACCGUCUGGGCGAGGGGCGGGUGCGUGGCGCGGCGCUGUCGUCGUACGUGUCGGUGCAGGCGGAGACGGGCGCGCUGUACGCGCUGCGCUCCUUCGACUACGAGGAGGUGCGCGAGGUGGGGCUGUGGGUGCUGGCGGAGGACGGCGGCUCGCCGGCGCUGAGCAGCAACGUGUCGGUGCGGAUCGUGAUCGUGGACGAGAACGACAACGCGCCGCAGGUGCUGUACCCGCCGGCGGCGGGCGUGUCCGGGUCCGGUGUCCGUGGCUGGUCGGGGGUGGAGCUGGCGCCGCGGUCGUCGGAGCCCGGGGCGCUGGUGGCCAAGGUGGUGGCGGUGGACGCGGACGCGGGGCAGAACGCGUGGCUGUCGUACGAGCUGGCCAAGGCGACGGAGCCGGGGCUGUUCCGCGUCGGGCUGCACAGCGGCGAGGUGCGCACUGCGCGCUUCCCGCUGGCCCGCGACGCUGCCCGGCAGAGCCUGGUGGUGCUGGUGAAGGACCACGGCCGGCCGGCGCUGUCGGCCACGGCCACGCUGACCGUGGUGCUGGCCGAGAGCGUGGCCGAGCUGCUGGCCGAGCUGGGCAGUGAGGCGGCGACGGCGGUGCCGGGCGAGGCGGCGGGCAGCCUGACGCGCUGGCUGGUGCUGGCCGUGGCGGCCGUCUCCUGCCUCUUCCUCGCCUUCCUCCUGCUGCUGCUGGCACUGCGCCUGCGGCGGUGGCGCCGCUCGCAGCUGCCUCCUCCUGCGGGCGGUGCCUUGCGCGGCGUCCCGGCCACGCACUUCGUGGGCAUCGACGGCGUCCGCGCCUUCCUGAGCUCCUACUCACACGAGAUGUCACUCACCGCCGAUUCACGCAAGAGCCAGCUCCGCUUGUCGCCCGGCAGCUGCUGCGACACCCUCCCUGCCCGCCCUCUGCCCUCUGAAACAUCGGGUGACCUAGUGCCUACGGGAGAUCACGUUGCCGAGAAUGCUGACCAAGUUUCCCUUCAGGGUGUCACUGUUGGCCAAGGCGGAGAAGCCGUUCCGCCCUUCCCCAUCCCCGGCGCCCGCGCAGUGCGGUUCCGCGCCGAGCGAAGAGGAGAGGAGAGCAGGAACUGCCCGAACACAGCCCGUCUUCCCACCAGCAACACGGAUUUCAUGUAUUUUGUGCCUCUCAGCACUGAUUCAGCUGCUCGGAAAACCUAA